GAACAAAUGCACACUUUUUGAGUACGAGCUGAGCUCGCCCGUGUUCGGCUCGUUUACACCAUCUCUACAUAGCACGUCCAGCCGAACAGCCUCUACCUCGCCCAUGCUCAGUUGCCCGGGAAUCGAGCAGAUUGCUGACAUUGGCCUGUCACGAUGUCUUUGGACCAGCUUGUACCACUUAUACACGGUCUUCCGGAUGACCUUGCUAUUCUUUGUUUGUCAAGGGUCCCUCGGCAAUUUCAUCAUGUUCUUCGAUUUGUUUCUAGGAGAUGGAGAGCUUUGCUCUGCAGCGGGGAGUUUCAUGCCUGUCGUUCUAGGCAGAAUCUUAGGGAAACCUGGGUUUAUGCAUUGUGUAUGAACAAAUACAGAGUUAACUGCUGUUAUGCGUUCGAUCCAUGUCCUUUGAUCCGGCAAUGGAAGCUUCUAGAACCUAUCCCAUAUGAAUGUAUUAGCCGGGAGGGCAUGUCGUUUGAAGCCCUUGGAAAUAAAUUGUUUUUGUAAGGUGGCUUUAGCUGCCAAGAAAAUGCCACAGAUGAAGUUUAUUAUUAUGAUACUUACACAGAGAAAUGGGAGAAAGCUGCUAGAAUGCCAACAGCAAGGUGCUACUUUUUGUCGGCAGCUCUGGACGAUAAAAUUUAUGUUACCGGUGGUCUCGGCAUGAGCUCAGCUGCUUCAAACACCUGGGACAUCUAUGACCAUCAUUCAAACAGCUGGAGUUCUUAUCAAGAUAAAUCCCACAUCCCUGACAUUGUCAAGUCCUUCAUUUUUGAAGGCAAAGUAUACACCAUUCACAACACGUGGAUCGAUAGGCAAUAUGCCCGUAUCUACUAUCCCUUGAGCAGAAAAUGGGAGGAUGCAAGCCAACAGAUGUCUUUCUGUGCUCGUGGUCCCACGGUUGUAGUUGAAGAUACCCUCUACAUGCUAGACGAGACUUAUGGAACGAGGCUUAUGAGGUGGGAAAAUGAAAGUAAAGAAUGGACCCCUUUGGGUAGACUGUCUCAAAUGCUGACAAAGCCGCCAUGUCAGCUUGUGGGUGUUGGGAGUUGUAUUUUCAUGAUAGGGCAGAAGCUGAGUACUGUUGUGGUUGAUAUUAGGAGGGCAGCACAGGUGGAAGGUGUGCUGGUUGGUUCUUCUUUUAUUCCUAAAGUUGAUAAUGAUGUAUCAGUUAUUGGCUGCAAAUCUAUUGCCAUUUGAGUUGUAGAUCUUCAAAUACUGUGACCUUUGAGGACUGCUUUUAGGAUUGUAUGUGAUUAUCUUGCAAAUGUAUGCAUAGACUAAUAGAGAGAUUGUUGAAACAAAACCAUAUCAAUUUUGGUUUGAAACAAAGAAUGCAGAGUGGUUUGUCUAUUAAUUUAUUCUGAUGGGCAGAAUGAUGAAUCGAAACUCGU